GGUGGGUCGUAGGGAGGAUAAGGGGUGGUGAAGUAGUAAGGGCUUAGUUGUUCAUUCACACCAAAUAUUAGUGAUGGUGAUAAUUUUUAAUAGUGAUGUUUAGCAAUUCACAAAAUAAAAAUAUGCAUUUUUCGCGGUAAAACUAAGUCAAUAAACUUAAAACCAAAAGGAAAAAAAAAAAAAAAGUCAACAAAGUCGGCUGAACCAUUUGGUCUAAAACGAGGUCAAAAGCUAAGUCAACACAAAAAAAAAUAAAAAUAAAAACUAAAACGGAGUCAAAACCUAAGUCAACAAAGGCAGCUGAACGCCUGAACCAUUUGGACCAAAACAGCGUCGUUAAAAAAAGCACCCUCAUUUAUUUUCAAUCAAAUCCCCAAUUUAAUUUUCUACGGUUUUUAUGCACAAAAAUGGAACCCCAGAAAUCCAAUUGGUCGGAGCUUUGCCCUGAACUCCUCUUAGAAAUCGCCGAUCGUCUCAAAACAAGAACCAACGUCUACAAUUUCCGAGCAGUUUGCAAGAAUUGGCAUGAUUCUCUCUCUAAAAUCCCGCGAAAUCUCCCUUUUCUCUCUCCUCUUUUCCCUCACAGAUUCUGGGCCUUUGAUUCCGACUUCUUCUCUACUCUUUCUAGUGGGAACCUCCACCAUCUGAUCGCCUACGCUGUGUAUUUGAUCCGACCUCGGAACAUUCCAGAAUCUUCUAAACCUUGGCUUCUUACUGUCGAAGAAUUUCGCCGAGGUAAACUCUGUAUUCAACUCCCUUUAUCUAGAAUUAGAGCUUGUGGUAAUUUUCCAGCAAAUGUUCAAAUUCCCAGUUCCUUGAAUUUGUCUGAUUUUCAUAUCUCUGUUAUUGGUAAUGGGUACCAUUUAAGAUCUUCGGGUAAGGAGCGUUUGAAUGGUCGUGGGUUGAGUUAUGAUUAUAAAUUGGUUUUGUUUGGAAAUCCUGCUUGUUUUGAGCCUUUGUCGAUCAUGGAUUACACUGCUUUGGUUAGGUUUGAACAUGGUCUUGUUGGGUGGGUGAGGUUGUCGAGGAGAUCGGAUUGGGGGUUACUAGGUUUUAACGGAACCUGGGAAUUUGAUGACAUUGUGAAUUUGAAGGGGCUGGUUUAUGCUAUUGAUCGAAUGGGGAGAGUUUAUGUUGUCCAUUAUGAUAUAGAAAUGCCUUAUCAACAGACAUUGAAGAUGGAAUGUAUCGCGAAUGAUUGGAUUUCUAGUGGGUGUCAUAGCGAUAGGAGGAAGCGAUUGGUGGUGGAUUCUUCUGGGGUGUUGUACGUAAUUGAGAGGGUUAGUUAUUGUGGUGGUAAGAUACAUUUUAAAGUCUAUAGGCUGGAUGAAGUGAAUUGUAAAUUGGAUCAAGUUGUUGGCUUUGGAGAUAGUAGAAUACUGUUUGUGGGUGUUGAUUGUUGCUUCUUUGCUUCAGUAGCUGAUUUUCCGGGUUUUAGAGGAAAUUGCAUAUUGUUCUUAGAUGAUUCCUUCCCCUUGUAUGGCGAGAGAACAACAUUUAUCGAGCCUAUUAUCAAUGGAGCUAGGGAGGUGUUGACAGUUACCGUAUUCCACUUUGAGGAUGGCGAUGCUAAGCCAAUAUCAGCCUUUCCUGGAUAUUCUGACAUAUUAUGGCCACCUUCAGCAUGGUUCUAUCCAGAUUUAUCUCGGCCUUGAAGUUCAAACUUGAUCUGAAUCUAAUACAUCAUACGACACAAAUAAAAUUUCGUAUCAA